ACUUAAUUUAUUAUUGUGAUAUUUGUAUGUGUGGGUAGGCAGUCUGUUUCCAAUAAACGACACGUAUCGUUGUAUCUCUGUGUUUUAAUUCGAUAAUUUACUUACAAAUAUAAUAUUGGCGACGAAUUCGAAACUACAGCGUGUAAUAAGUGGUAUUAUAAAGUAAUAUUGUUGAAAUAACAAUGAGUGCAACGAAUAACAUGAUUUUCGGAAAUAACCUCACUUUCGACCAUCGUGCGCAUGAUUGGAGUAUUUUUAAAAGCCGCUUCAACCAGUUUUGUAUGGCGAAUGACCUAACGGACGUCACUGACAAAGCAGGUACCAGAAGACGAGCUAUACUGCUGACAUCGCUGGUGGAGGAAACAUACCGCGUGGCUAGAGACCUGGCAUUCCCGACGGAGUUGGAUGAGCUGGAACUCAAGACGCUCGUUGAGAAACUGGAUGUACAUUUUCGUUCAAAGAAAUGUACUUUCGCAGAGCGUUACAUGUUCCACAAAGCGGAGCAACGACCUGGCGAGGACUUGGCAGAGUGGGCAGCGCGAGUGCGUAGCUUGGCACAGUUCUGUGGCUUUAAAGCUACCGAGCUGGACACUGCACUUCGUGACAGAUUUGUUCUCGGACUCGAGAACUCGAAGGAGAAGGAGAAGCUGUUCGCGGAGGACGUGGGCGUGCUGACGCUGGAGAAGGCGCUGGAGCUGGCGCAGGGAGUGCGGUGCGCGCGCCUGGCGCUGCGGGCCGGCAGCCCGGCGCGCGCCGCCGACGUGUUCGCGGUGAGCGCGCCCGCCGCAGCCGCCGCCGCCGCCCCAUCCGCGAGUGUGUCCAAAAAGUGUAGUGUUUGUGGAUAUAAAAACCACACAAAAGAACAGUGCAAGUUCAUAAAUCUACCUUGUAAAAAGUGCAACCGAAAAGGGCAUUUGAGCCGGAUGUGUAAAGUUAGGAAAAAUUUCUACUUGACUCCGGCGACUGAUGAUGAUGAUGACAUAUACGAAGAUCUCACAAUGUAAUCAAUUUGGCGGGAAAAGACAGAUAAAGUUCACUGAUGGAGAUACAGUUUUAAUAAAAUCAUUUUAUAACAAUGGCACCAAACAUACCUGGGUGAAGGGUAUCAUAAAUGAGGCUAUCGGGAAUAGAAUGUAUAAAGUAUUUGUGCCACAUCUACAGUUACAUUUAAGAAAACACGUAGACCAAUUAUUAAUGUAUAAAGGUAAC